GGAACCAGUGUAGGGGAGCAUGUGUGUGAAUGAGGUGGGGGAAAAUACUUAAGUAAAUAUUGUCAAAGUGGCGGGGGGGGGAGUGGGGGGGUGGGAAGCGACAGUGUCCAAAGAGGCUUGUAAUUAUACUUCUUAUUUCGGCGUGAAACGGGAAAUCUUAAUUUGGGGGCGGGGGACUGGGGGGAGGUAGAGACAGUGCCUCGAUAAACUCCAAAAGGGGAGGGGAGGGGGCGCGGGGCGAGUGGGCUUCCUAUAAUUACUAUUAUCAAUUUGCCCGAGUGUGCUUCAUCCGGGGGCUGUUUCGCGUUGUUUGUUUGUUUGUUUCCUCUGGGGAAUGGGGUUGGGGCGGGGGGGGGUGAGACAAGAUGAGAGUGAAAGAAAGCCUCGCCUCACCCCAAGUUCCCGAGCCGGGCUGAGGACUUUUCCGAGGAAAGGGUCCGCCUAGCCCUGAGUCAAGCAGCCUUACUGUACCGCCGUGUGCAUUCCCUCAUACGGUCAGGAGUUAUGACUCAUUUUGAAGAUAUCGAGCCUGCGUGCUGCCGAAGCAGGGCGCCGAGUCCAUGCGAACUGCCAUCUGAUCCGCUCUUAUCAAUGAAGCAGCCGAUCAUGGCGGAUGGCCCCCGGUGCAAGAGGCGCAAACAAGCCAAUCCCAGGAGGAAAAACGUGGUGAACUAUGACAAUGUAGUGGACACGGGUUCAGAAACAGAUGAGGAGGACAAGCUUCAGAUUGCUGAGGAGGACGGGAUUGCUAACCCCCUGGACCAGGAGAGGAGUCCAGCUAGCGUGCCCAACCGUGAGUCCUCCCCACACGUGAGCCAAGCUCUAUUGCCAAGAGAAGAAGAGGAAGAUGACCUAAGGGAGGGUGGAGUGGAACAUACUUGGCACAGCAACGACAUUCUGCAAGCCUCUGUAGAUGGUCCAGAAGAAAUGAAGGAAGACUAUGACACUAUGGGGCCGGAAGCCACGAUCCAGACCACAGUUAACAAUGGUACAGUUAAGAAUGCAAAUUGCACAUCAGACUUCGAGGAAUACUUUGCCAAAAGAAAACUGGAGGAACGCGAUGGCCAUGCAGUCAGCAUUGAGGAGUACCUUCAGCGCAGUGACACAGCCAUUAUUUACCCAGAAGCCCCCGAGGAGCUGUCUCGCCUUGGCACGCCAGAGGCCAAUGGGCAAGAAGAAAAUGACCUGCCACCUGGAACUCCAGAUGCUUUUGCCCAACUGCUGACCUGCCCCUACUGCGACCGGGGCUACAAGCGCUUGACAUCACUGAAGGAGCACAUCAAGUACCGCCACGAGAAGAAUGAAGAGAACUUCUCCUGCCCUCUUUGUAGCUACACGUUCGCCUACCGCACCCAGCUCGAGCGGCAUAUGGUGACGCACAAGCCAGGGACAGAUCAGCACCAAAUGCUGACCCAAGGAGCAGGUAAUCGCAAGUUCAAAUGCACAGAGUGCGGCAAGGCUUUCAAAUAUAAACACCAUCUGAAAGAACACCUGCGAAUUCACAGUGGUGAAAAACCAUACGAGUGCCCAAACUGCAAGAAGCGUUUCUCCCAUUCUGGUUCCUACAGUUCACACAUCAGCAGCAAGAAGUGUAUUGGUUUAAUCUCUGUAAAUGGCCGAAUGAGAAACAAUAUCAAGACGGGUUCUUCCCCUAAUUCUGUUUCUUCUUCUCCUACUAAUUCAGCUAUUACCCAGUUAAGAAACAAAUUGGAGAAUGGAAAACCACUUAGUAUGUCUGAACAGACAGGCUUACUUAAAAUCAAAACAGAACCACUAGACUUCAAUGACUAUAAAGUUCUUAUGGCCACACACGGGUUUAGUGGCACUAGUCCCUUUAUGAAUGGUGCACUUGGAGCCACCAGCCCUUUGGGAGUUCAUCCGUCUGCUCAGAGUCCAAUGCAGCACUUAGGUGUAGGGAUGGAAGCCCCUUUACUCGGAUUUCCCACAAUGAAUAGUAACUUAAGCGAGGUACAAAAGGUUCUACAGAUUGUGGACAAUACGGUUUCCAGGCAAAAAAUGGACUGCAAGGCUGAAGAAAUUUCCAAGUUGAAAGGUUAUCACAUGAAGGAUCCAUGCUCUCAACCUGAGGAACAAGGAGUCACUUCUCCUAAUAUUCCACCUGUAGGUCUUCCAGUAGUGAGUCAUAAUGGUGCCACUAAAAGUAUUAUUGACUAUACAUUAGAAAAAGUCAAUGAAGCCAAAGCUUGCCUCCAGAGCUUGACUACUGACUCAAGGAGACAGAUCAGUAAUAUAAAGAAAGAGAAGCUACGUACUUUAAUAGAUUUGGUCACUGAUGAUAAAAUGAUCGAGAACCACAACAUAUCCACUCCAUUUUCUUGCCAGUUCUGUAAAGAAAGUUUCCCUGGCCCCAUUCCCUUGCAUCAGCAUGAACGUUACCUUUGUAAGAUGAAUGAAGAGAUCAAGGCAGUCCUGCAACCUCACGACAACAUAGUCCCCAACAAAGCCGGAGUUUUUGUUGAUAAUAAAGCCCUCCUCUUGU